AAAUUUUGUAGAGAGAUAGGAUAGGAUCAUAUUGAUAGCGGGAGAAACAGUCGAGAUUGUAGAGAGAGAAAGAGAUGGCUGAUUGGGGGCCGGUGGUGAUAGCGGUGGUGCUGUUCGUGUUGCUGAGUCCGGGGCUCCUAUUCCAGUUGCCGGGUCGGAAUCGGGUGGUGGAGUUCGGCAACAUGCACACCAGUGCAGUGUCCAUUUUGGUUCACACCAUUCUCUUCUUUGGUCUUAUUACUAUCUUCCUCAUCGCCAUUGGCGUCCACAUCCACACUGGCUAGCCAUUUUAACUAACAUCUUUUUCUUUUUUUAUAAAAUAGAUUUGGUUGCUUGCUUGGUUUAGUUUAAUGUUUUUUUGUUCAUGUGCUUCCUAUUGUUUAUCAAGUUGAAAGUAAUUCGAAUGAUUGGUCGGCUCAAUGUAAACCAUUUAAUUUUGUUCUUCCACUAUUAUAUAUAUAUGUUUGAUUGACAA